AUGUUCACAUCCGAUCCAAGUCAUGGCAUCUCUCGUUUCUCAUACGCUCGUCUACGCGAAAACGCUGAUCCUAUGUAUGCACGAGUGAACUGCACGCCGAUCGGUUUCGACCGUAUCAUCCCUGAGCAAUCGUUCUUCACCGUUUUUGGAGUGUUCUUUGCGAAUUUUCUCGGAGUGUUGGCCGGCGGUCGCCACUGGUCUGGUUGCAGUCGGUUUUGCCGAAUCUGUCGCACAUCUCUUCGAGUCAGAAAGCCAUACUUUCACGAAAGUGAUCGCUAUCGCCACUCUUGCUGUGUUGACUGGCGGUGUGUCAUGGGUGGUAUACGACUGCAGCUACUUCUCCUCGGAUUUCUCGCUUUGGCAGUGGUCGACUUUCUUCUCGGAGCAAUGUUCACAUCCGAUCCAAGUCAUGGUAUCUCUCGUUUCUCAUACGCUCGUCUACGCGAAAACGCUGAUCCUAUGUAUGCACGAGUGAACUGCACUCCGAUUGGUUUCGACCGUAUCAUCCCUGAGCAAUCGUUCUUCACCGUUUUCGGAGUGUUCUUCGCGAAUUUUCUCGGGAGUGUGAAUAUGAGCGGCGAUUUGAAGGAUCCUCACAAAAGCAUUCCGCUCGGUGAACUGUCUGCUGUGGGUGUGAGGCUCUUCGAUAUUGUUUUCUUUCAUAUUAUGAUCCUUGGGCUACAGGAGGAUCGUCUGAGUCUCAUCGUGGCCUCUAACCGGUGUGGCUCUUCCGGAUCGGUCAGUGUAUAUCUUCCCCUGUCGUCAACGAUCGGUUCCCUCCUCGGCACUCCACGAGUCCUUCAAGGAAUUGCUGCAGAAGGCAUUAUACCUAUACUGAACCCACUUGCUCAAGGGUCCGGCGCCAACAAGAAUCCCGUGCUGGCCGGUGUGGUGUUGAUGGCGGUGGCGUCGGUGUUCGUACUGCUUGGCGAUCUCAAUCAGCUUGCCAUUCUUUCCACAAUGCCAUUCCUCAUCACAUACGCAUUUGUAAACUAUUCUUACGUAUCUCUGGCAAUGAGCUACGAUCUCAUCACUAUUAGCCAUGUCGCAGAAGGCGACUCCAAAUACGGUUCCAUGCAGAAAAUCGGCGAUUUGGACGAGUUGUUCCCCGAGAGACAACAACAACAACAGCAAUGCGCAGCUACCGUCGAGGCCGGCGGCAUUGUCGGUCAGCCGGCCACCUGGUACUCGAUGUUCAGCAAUCGCUACAUCGCGUUCGUCGGAUUCAUGAUAAACCAUUUUUAUCCCUUUCCUCAUUUCAUUUCUGGUUCGCCGUCGCCCAUUUUCGCCGUACUAAUAAUUCUCUACUACUACAUUGGACGAGUUUGUCCUGCAUGUGCACCAGGAAUCUCAACGUUUUCCAUCCCACACAUGUUCCGCACAGCUUUCUCAUCACUUGAAACCAUUGGUGUUUUCAAUAGAGGGCCCAGCGUGCUGACAAGGGAAGGACCCUCCAAGGACGUGCUUACCGAGCAACUCAACGAAUCAAAUCCCGACUACCAGGAUCGAAAACAGUAUCAUCAUGCCCAAAAUGUCACACAAGAAUUUGACUAA